AUGUCCAAGCCGAUCCUCAUCUCAGGAGGCGGUCUAGCCUCCCUGCUUCUCGCCCGAUCCCUCGUCCGGUCCAAGAUCCCCUGUGUAGUGUUCGAGCGCGACCAAGCUAUCGACUUUCGCGGGCAGGGCUACCGGCUGCGUCUGAGCGCUGAGGGACUUGACGCCAUCGAGGAAGUCCUCGGCCCGGAUGGCUUUGCCGACUUUUACGGGCGGUGCGGCAAGACGGGCGGGAUGGGAUUUUCAGAGUUUGAUGCAGUGAGCGGGGAGCAGACAGAACAUAAAAUCCCUGAAGGCUUGUCAUCUAGAGAAGGCAAAGUCGUCGGGAUCAGCCGAGGAGACAUGCGGGAGGCGUUCCUUCAGGGCAGCGAGGGGUGCGUCCAAUGGGGAAAGCAGGUCAAGGGGUACGAGGAGACCGCGGACGGCGUCAAGGCGAUCUUCUCGGACGGGACCUACUCGGAGGAAGGCGCGAUGUUGGUCGCCGGGGAAGGGCUGAAGUCGGAGGUGGCCAAGCAGCUUUCGGGCGGCAUGCUCAAGGUCUACGACACCGGUGCAAGGGGCAUACACGGCCAGGCGUCCACUACAGCAUUCAAGGGACUCGGGGAAGGCGUCUUCCGUCUACGGGACAACACGGAUAAGAACGCGGAACUCAUGAUCAUCACCAAUGUCCGGCCGGGGGAGAUGGACGACCCCAACAUCAAGUUUGGCUGGACCAUGGUCGGUGCCCCAGGCGUCGUCCGCGCACCCAACGACGACUACUCCAUCAUCGGGAAGGACGCGGCGGAUCUCGCGAAGCGGCUGACCAAGGACUGGCACCCAAAGUUCAAGCCACUCUUUAACGAGAUGGAUGAAUUGGAGGCGGCGUUCUGGAAGAUUACCAUCUCUACGCCGACAGGGGUGCCGGAAUGGCCAAAUAGCCCUAGGGUGACGGUCAUCGGGGACGCUGCCCACUCCAUGACACCGGCUGGGGGCAUCGGGGCGAACACGGCGGUGCGGGACUCGGCGCUGCUGGGGCGAUUGCUGAAGGAGGCGGGAGGGUACAAGGAGGGCAUCACCGCGGCGUAUGAGAAGGAGAUGAGGGUGUACGCGAGCGAGGCGGUCAAGUCGAGCUGGGGAAUGGCCAAGGGACAGUUUGGCUUGUCAGACUCGGAUCUGACAACGACGGUGCGGGCUGGACACGACUGA